AAUACAAUCUGGGUGAACAUAUUCUGAAUAAACGCAUCCAACGAAAAUAGGGGUUUUGCCAAGAGGUACAGCUCCGCUGAAACAAGGGUUUCUUGGAGGAAGAAGAUAACAGAGAAAUCAGACAUCCACAGAUGGGAACCACCCAAGUCGAGAAGACUGAACAAGAGCUUCGGAAGGAGAUCGAAGAACUCCACCGUCAACAAUGGGAGAUUACAGAGCGGCUUCGUGAUCCUAGAGGUAUCCGUCGUGGAGGUAUGACUGCUUCUGGUCCACGUAAUUUCGCCGCCGGUGGUCCAGCUCGUCAGCGUGGUUUUGUUAGACCUGCGGAUAGGAACGAUUCAGAAGAUCAACCUGCCCCAAAGAGGCGACUUUCUUCCACUGUUGUGAAGAUUGAAGAAGGGGAGAUCAUCGAGGAUGCUGUGGAUGCUUCAAAGGGUGACGAUAGCAACAAAGAAGCAACUCCAUGGGGAGGCAAUGCUGAGAACCAGAACAAUAAGAAGACAUCAAACUGGGCUAGGAGGGAUGGCACUAAUAGAGCAUUCAAGGAUUCUGAAGUUCCUCCAUUUGAGAAUGUUCCUAGAGUGUUACCAAAAGAUGAGGACCCUAGCUUGGUUAAUAGGAAUAGAAGAAUGUUGGGACAACUCCUUGGAACUUUGGAGAAAUUUAGAAAAGAAGACGUGAAACUGUCUGGAUCAGAGGCGUUUAUGAGGAGAUCCGAUUCUUUGAAAAGAGCCGAGCAAAGAGCACGUGAAGAAAGUGAAAGAUUGAGGCAACAAGAACGUGAACAAAUUGCGGAGAAAAGGCGAAGAGACUUGACUCUUAGAGCACGAGUUGCUGCUAAAGCAGAGGAGAAGAAAUUGGAACUGCUGUUUCUUCGGUGGAGUGAGCAUCAAAAAAAACUUGGCAAUUUUUUAAGGUUAUUUCUAAUUUUGGUCCAAAAAAUGGAUGACUCGAAGAUUCCUGGCUGCAGAAUUUCUAGGACCAAAACAGAGCCUGCUAUUUAUUAUUCAUUUGCAAAACCGCUUGAUCAAGAUUCAACUUUACUUGAGGAAAAGAAAGAGCAGGCAUUUCAAGAAUGGAAGGCUAUGAGGAGAGAGGAAUUAUCUCAAUACCAAAACCAAAUUGUUGAAAAGUAUGUUGCCAAUGUGGAAAAAGAGCUUGACAGGUGGCAAAACGGGAGAAAACCAAGAAACGGAGGAAACAACAAUGAUACAUUAAACUUACAAGAAACAAUGGACAAAGAGCUUGAGACACAUAGACUUGAACAUGGGCCCAAGACACGUAAGAUCCCAGGUGGCGAUGCCAACGAAGAUGAGGAUGACGUGGAAGAUAUGAAUGUUGGGGAAGAUGACAUGAUGGAUGAUGUGCUGGAUGUUGAUGAUAAUGUGAAGCCUGAUGCAGGCGAUCCGAGCCCACCGGAAAAUAAAGAUUAAAUAUAAUUAUUAAGGUCGUGGAAUUGAUUUUGUUAUUUUAUUGAUGUUAUGAGUGUGGGCAUGUGUAC